AUGUCUUCUGCUGAGGUUCUAGUUCUAAGAGGUACUUUGGAAGGCCACAACGGCUGGGUCACUUCGUUGGCCACUUCUCCAGCUCAACCAAACCUAUUGUUGUCUGGUUCUCGUGACAAGUCUCUAAUCACCUGGAAAUUGACCGGUGAUGACCAGAAAUACGGUGUCCCAGUCAGAUCUUUCAGAGGUCACUCUCACAUCGUUCAGGACUGUACCGUCACCCCAGACGGUGAGUACGCUUUGUCUGCCUCUUGGGACAAGACCGUGAGAUUGUGGGAACUUGCCACCGGUAAGUGUAUCCAGCGUUUCGUUGGCCACAAGUCUGACGUUUUGUCCGUCACCAUCGACAGACGCGCUUCUCAAAUCGUGUCUGCCUCCCGUGACAAGACCGUCAAGGUGUGGAACACUUUGGGUGAAUGUAUGGUCACCCUUUUGGGUCACAACGACUGGGUUUCCCAGGUCAGAGUUGCUCCUAACGAGAACGCUGAAGACGACACUGUUACCGUCAUCUCCGCCGGUAUGGACAAGGUCGUUAAGGUCUGGAACUUGCACUCUUUCCAAAUCGAAGCCGACUUCAUCGGCCACAACAACUACGUCAACACCGUCACUGCUUCCCCAGAUGGAACUCUAGUUGCCUCUGCUGGUAAGGAUGGUGAAAUCAUGUUGUGGAACUUGGGCGCCAAGACCGCCUUGUACACCUUGAACGCCCAAGACGAGGUCUUCGCCGUUGCCUUCUCUCCAAACAGAUACUGGUUGACUGCUGCCACCUCUUCUGGUAUCAAGAUCUUCAACUUGGAAGAAAGAAAGGUUGUUGACGAGCUAAGACCAGAAUUCGCUGGUUACACCAAGGCCGCCGACCCACACGCCAUUUCCUUGGCCUGGUCCGCUGACGGUCAAACUUUGUUCGCCGGUUACACCGACAACGUCAUCAGAGUUUGGCAAGUCAUGACUGCCAACUAA